UUGGUUUUAAAAGUGGAGAGCUAGCUGUACAUAUCCUUUUUACUGCAGAUUUACUUUAGGUUCACAUUCUCUAAUCUAUUCUGCUUUAAAGUACUUGGAAAUUGUCCUUCAAGACAAGAAACGAAGUGGCUUAUUAAAAAUCAGGUUAUAAUCAGAUUUUGAACAAGCACUUUGUAAGAUUACCAGUAUAUUCAUGGACAUGGAACACACAAGACAUUACCUGCAUCUAGUCUUUUUGAUGACAACAGUUUUUCCUUUGUCGCCUGGAAUCAAAGCAAACCAUACCCAUCUACAGGCUAGUAGUACCACUGUCUGGGAUCCAGAUAUUCAAGAUAAGACACACAGAAACCAAAAUGAAAAUGUUAACACAAACUUUACGACCCCUGAAGUACAUAAAAAAGGAAGUCCUACAAAUAUGCCUGAAACAGAAACAUCAUCUCACAUCAUAUCGUUAAGCUCUAAAUCUGAACCGGAACUCUAUACAUCAUUUGCUAGGAACAGUUCUCCAACAGUACAGAGUACCAAAAACACAAGCAAAAGUCACAGUGAAAUUUUUAAAAAUGAUGUCUGUGAAGAAAACCAUAAUAAAAUGGUUAUUCUAAUUUGCUUAAUUAUAAUUGCAGUACUUUUUCUUAUCUGUAUCCUUUUAUUUCUAUCAACGGUGGUUCUGGCAAACAAAGUCUCAUCUCUCAGACGAUCAAAACAAGCAGGCAAGCGUCAGCCUAGAAGCAAUGGUGAUUUUCUGGCAAGCAGUGGUCUAUGGCCUGCUGAAUCAGAUACUUGGAAAAGAGCAAAACAGCUCACAGGGCCCAACCUAAUGAUGCAAUCUACUGGAGUGCUCACAGCUACCACGGAAAGAAAUGAUGAAGGAACUGAAAAACUAACUAACUAAUAAAACCUCUAGUGAAGAAAAAUGCAAAGUAGCCAUGAAAAUGUUUAUGGAGUAAAAAUGAAGUCAAUUUGAUAUUUAAUGUCAAUGUAUUGAUAUUAUGAUCUGAAAUUUCACAUGGCAGUCCUUCAAUUUAUAAUCAAGCAAGUGAGAAAUAUCUGCUUAAUCACUUCACUUGUGUCUUGACACAAAAUUUUGAGAAAUGGGAGUCUGGCGGUAGCGCAGUGGGUUAAGCGCAUGUGGUGCAAAGCGCAAGCAGGUUCGAGCCCCGGCUCCCCACCUGCAGGGGAGUCGAUUCACAGGUGGUGAAGUAGGUCUGCAGGUGUCUUUCUCUACCCCUCUCUGUCUUCCUCUCCUCUCUCCAUUUCUCUCUGUCCUAUCAUCCAACAAUGAUGACAUCAAAUAACAAUAAUUAUAACAACAAUGAAAAACAACAAGGGCAACAAAAGGGAAAAUAUUUUUUAAAAAAGAAUUUUGAGAAAUAAAAACAAAAACUAAAAGAAUUUGGGGAAGAUUUAAAAGAUGAGUUGAAAACUAACAGGUAGAAAAGGACAAUUAAAUAAAUAUUUUAACCUCUACUAGUCAGAUGAUUUUUGUCUGAAUGCAAUUAAACUUGGAAGAGUUUAGUGUCCUUAAAGAUAAAUAUAUGCUUCCACAUGUAACAGAAGUUGAAUUUCUAAUGUAUACAGUUAAAAUGUAUAAUGCUACUUUCUCUGCUGAAUGUUAAGCGGACCCCAUACCAGUUCUUCUAUCAGCACAGCUAACUUUAUGCUAUAGGUUUAUAUCUUUGUAUAUGGGACAUAUAAGUGUUUGUCUAUAAAUAUUUAAUUAAAAUUUUCAUUUUGUAUAAUAAAUUAAGACCCAGAAUAAAACUGAUUAUGGAUAUUUGCAUUUACUUCGCUAUCUUAGUAUACACUGUAAAUAUCAAUGAGAACACAACUGAAAUAAAUGAGGUUUAUAGUUA